AAUAUCAGAAAAUGUGUAAGAUCGAAAGUACAGAUCAUGUGUAUAUUCAGGUUCAUGUUUUUAGUAUAUUGUAGCACAUUAAAGGGAUAGUUCACGCAAAAAUGAAAAUUCUGUCAUCAAACAGAUCUAUGUGGUAGUCAAUGGGGGGCGAGAUCAGUUUGGUUACUGACAUUCGUCUAAAUAUCUUCCUUUAUGUUCAGCAGAACAAAGAAACUCAUACAGGUUUGGAACAACUUGAGGGUGAGUGAAUGAUGACAGAAUUUGAGGUGAGACACAGUAGAACACAGAGAGCAAGACAGGUGAGGAUGAAGGCCUGGGCUGCGUUCAGCCCCGACAAAACGUUGCAAAACGUUUUUUAAACGGAAACGGUGGAGCGUUGAACACCCCGUUCUGAUGACGCAAGAGAUGCAACUAUGGCAGCUGAGAAGGCCAUUCUUUGUGUUCUUUUUGAAGAAUUUUCGGAGCCUGAUUAAAUCGGUAUAAAUACAUGUUUAAUACUGCAAUACGCUCGAUGUUACAGUCACUGCCCGUGAGUCAUUCUACGAAACGGGUGCCAUUUGGGUCCGCAACAUUUGAUCAGAUGCAUAAGGCACAAAAAAUGUCCCAAAGUCUGUUUCCAAAGCUUAAAGUUAUUAAUUCAAGUGUUCUUUUUAACAUGAUAUAUGAUCAAAUGGGUUUUUUUGAAGAUUAGCAUACUAUUUUUAAUCAUUUUUCAUUAUUACAUUUUUGCCAAUUUCACAUGUCCGUGUUAACCAACAUGACACUUGCAUCUAAAAUAUCACCAAAUAAGUCAUAUAUUUUUUUCAAACAUAUACUAUUUUCAGGAUUAUAUGUGUGUCCCUGUUUACACAAAAUACAUUUAUUCACAAUAAACCUUAUUUUUUUUGUAAAUAUUUUAUGGUUUGACUCACCCCCGUCACAUUAACUUGUUUUAUCUAUAAAUAAUGCUCUGUUCCUUUAAAUGAAAUCACAAAGCCUAAGUAACAUCAUUUGAGCCUUACUGUAUAGCCACCUUGAACAAAAGCAGGCAACUAUGUACAGUUUUUUUUACAUUGUUUAUUUGUUGCUUUUUCAUGUUAGGCAGGGCCCGUCAAGCUUAAACUUACCACCCCGUCAUGCAAAAUAGAUAGGGAAAACUGUUUUUUUUUUUUUUUUUUUUUAUAUUAUUAAUACAAAGAUAAUUAUAUUUCAGAUUGAAUGCAUGUAUGCUAGUUGAGAAACUUGACCACAUGGGAGAUUUGCGGACAUUUUGAGAUUAAAUUUACCACCCUGUCACAAAACGUGACGGGAUUUGUGGAAACUGUGGUUCCUAAUUAUUGUGAUCCAACAUUUGUCUUGAUGUUUAUGAAAGUUUAUGAAAGUAUCCACAAUACAAUAGCAAAAUAUAUAAGUAUAGUAUUUAAUUAUGUUACAAUCAGUGUCUAGCCCACCUUCCUAAGAAUACGGACCAGAAGACAUUCCAAUUACUAAAUGAUAUUUAGACAGACUUAAAGAAGUUCCAGGUCUAUACUUGUGCUCUUAUUAUUGAAGUUAUUUUGCCAGUAAUGUAAAUAAACAUGUGCAAACAAUAUACUUGCCCUAAUAAUAUGCUCUUGUGAAUUUAUUUUAAUGUUAUUUACAUUUACGAGCUGUUUCUUUAGUACGGCGUGGUUUAUAUGCAUGGUGAUGCUGAUUGGGCUAACAUUUCUGACACACCGACCAAACAAGAGAAAACAUAUCUCAAACCCGUUGCACACCGUUUCCAGCAAACAUGUCGUUCAACACGGAAACCGUAGCAAAACGUUGCGCACCGGUUUGAGCUUGAACGUGCCCCAGGUGAGGAGGGAAGGUGUCGCGCUCGGAUUGGCCGCCGGACGAAUCGUUUCUCCCUCUGGACCCCCAUUGGCUCUCGCGAAUUGUUCCAGAGGCGCUCGUUGCUCCCAUUGGUCGAGGCCUCGUCGCCGGUGCCGCCGUCGACUCGGACAUCAUUUGCUCAGUCAGAAUCCCCCGGAUCAACACUAUCUUGCUGUUUUUCUCCGCCGAUUUCGUCAGUUUUAAGCCACAAAACACAAACGUUUUUUUAAAAACGCACUCCCGCAAUUUCUUCUGCAAUUUUGCCCCGCGAUCGGAAUUUUUAUACACCAAUUCUGCAUUUUCGCAACCCUGCAAUUUUGUGGAUCACAAUGGAAAGCAAGCCCGACCUUCGCUUUGAGGCUGGAGAGCUGGUGCUGAGGCAAUCUGAGCAGGCAGCCACUGUGGAGAAAGUCCACCUUUCAGAAGUGGUUAAAGGGGUGCCCUUUGUACCAAAGGACCCUGAGGCUGUGCUGGGGGAGGCCAAGGUCAGGGUUAUCCAUGGCGGAGGGGAUCCCUUUGAUGACCUGCUGCUGGCAAGUCAAAGUGCCAUCCAGUUUGGUCAAUACAGAGGGAAAACCUUCAAGUGGAUGCUGGAGAAUGACCUUGGUUACUCCCUCAUGGUCCUGUCUGGGCAUCAGCGGGAGCGCGAGGCUGGCAGAUUGGACAGAGGUGCCCUCAUGGCUAACAAAGAUGCCGUUCUCAAGUAUGCCUGCACAUUCCAGAAGGUCGCAGAAGCCAUCAAAGUGCGCAGGCAGAGAGAGGGAACGUUACCUGGCUGUGAGGGUGACUGUCUGGUGGGCUUUGGGGUCCACAGGAAGAACACCUUCAAGGAGCUCUAUGAGGCCAAGGACAGGGAGAGGAAAAGCUAUGUGGAGUUCAUCAGGAACCAGGACACCAGUGUGGGCAGCAAGAUGGAUGCGCUGAAGAAAUACAUCUUGCAGAGGGACCAGAAGAAAACUAGGGCUGAAGAGAGAAGAAAGUCAUCCUCUGCAUCUUCUGCAUCCCAGCCUGUCCUACACCCUUCAAGUCCGGCUUCUUCUCUUCCCACACAAAGCUCCCACUCCCAGCCAGCCACAGCACAUGAGCCAGCAGAUGAAGAUCUUCUGGCUUCAGCCAUGGAGGUGGAGCCACAGGUACUUCCACCACCACCACCUUCAACACCGAUCCGCUCACAUCGCUUGGAGCAAAGAGCCGCUCAAAGGCUGGUUUCAGCGGCUUCUGAGGUUGUUCUCCCUGAGGCCUGGAAGCGCUCCCUUCCAAAGGAACAACACGAGUGGAUCGGCCGCUCCCUCUUCCGAAACCAGGGCGGAAGGGCAGUGCUGACGGAUAACCUGCAGAUGUGGUGGUACCCUCCCCAGCCAUGUCUGCAGUAUCAUCAGCCUCCAGCAUCGCCGGACGUGUUCUUCACCUGGCCGCUGUGUUUGUGGAUGCCCUACAGGAUGUGGUCCUACAAGCUGAUCUGCAGCUCGCCAAACUGCAGACGGUCCGGUCAACGACUUACAGCUUGUGGGCUCUACAAGACAGUGAGGCGGGUGCUGAACUUUCACGGCUGGUAUUUUCUGGCGACGGAAUACCUGGAGUGUCAGCGCUGUCAUAAGAAGCUGGCUGCGUGGUCCUACACCAUCCUGGACCAGCUGGAUAUGGCUCACCGCAGGAUGUUCCCAGCUAUUCUCACUUACCGGUUCUCUUGUGAUAUACAUGUGGCAAAGUUGAUGAGGGAGCGCUCUCUCGGCAACAGUGCCACAAUGCUAUAUCACAAACUCUGUGAACAGCACAGUGAGGACUGGAUGGAGAGGACCCUGCAGUACCUGUCUGCGUGCGACCGGUUCCAGGGCACCACCACACGGCCCAUCACGCCUCCACCUCCGAUGCCACCUGUACCAACUGCCAAGUGGCUCCUCUCUGUCCACGCGGAGGAUGUCCGGUCCCGGUAUAGUGAGCUAAAAGCCAGGGUCACAUCUGUCUUUGGGUCCAUCCUGAAAAUGGACUCUACAAAACAGGUGGUCAAAAAACUGGUGGGAGCUGCAGCUGGGACCGCAGCCUGGGUCACCAAUGUGGGCAAUGAGCACGGACAGGUCCUGAUGUCGGUGCUCACCUCACAUAAGGGUCAGGGACUGCUGCCCAUGACCACGGGCCUGGUGAGGAGGUACGAGGCGGCUGGAGUCGCUCCCCCCACGCUCCUGUACGUGGACCGAGACUGCUGCUCUUCUGUGGGAACAUCAAGAGCAGUUGCCAUGUUCAGCGGCUGGAGCGAUCUGGUGGUUCGUCUUGAUGUGUGGCAUUUCAUGCGGCGCUUCGCUGCAGGUCUACACACUGACAGCCACCCGCUCUACGAUCUGUUCAUGGCAAAGCUCUCUGCCUGCAUCUUUGUCUGGGACGAGGGAGAUUUGUCCCUGCUGAAGGAGGCGAAAAGGAGGGAGCUGGAGCAACAGCAGGGCAUCAGAGGCCUCACUGAUGAGCAGCUGACCAGCAGGCUCACCUCCAAACAGCUGGCGCAGCACUGCCGCCGCUGCACACGUGGCGUGGAGGAGACCGAGCAGCUGAUCGGACAGAUGCUGGAGGCCUUCAAGGACGCCAGGGAAACCAUGGGCAUCCCCUUGGUGGACCAGGAGAGGAUGGACGUCAUCUGGGACGCUCAAAGGUGCCAUCUUCCCUGCAUCCAGGACCCUCCGGGAGUGCAGCUGUAUACCCAGACAGGAAGUGUUACAACGGGAGGGCUCACACUUCCUGUCUACCGCUGCGCUCGGGGGUCAACUUCCCUGGAGACCUUCCAUAACCACCUCAACCGCUUCAUACCCGGAACAAGCGCUAACCUGGAAAAUUUCCAGGCUUAUCUGCUUGAGGGUUUGGAGCGGUGGAACGAGGACCGCGCUGCUGCUGCCGUCACACAUGAUGCUCCCUCGUCGCUGCGCUGCUACAGUGGCUCACUCCAGCACAGCCUCAAUGAGCUCAGCCAGCGUCUUCUUGGCUGUAGUCUUGUGCAAGACCACUCCAAGCCAGGACAGUACACAGGCGAGCUCAUCGGGGUGGAGUACCUGUGCUCGCAGCAGUCCUGGGAGUUCAGGGAGAACUUUGGGCGAGACCCAGAUGUCCCAGACGGAAUCCCAUCGGACUUGGGAGAUGUAGAAGAUGAGGGAUUUGGGGAUGAGGCAGAGGAGCAGGACCACACCAUCUCCCCUCUUUCUUUAAUCUCAACGAAGGAAGCUAUGUGCUUGUCUCGGGAUUCACCGUCACCCUCUCAGUCCUCCCAGGAAGUGACACCUGAGCCCCAGAAAGUGUGCAGUGGACCAGACGGGACUCCAGGAUUUGACAGAGUGGUGGACCUGGCCAGAUAUCUUGUUGAGCUGAGGGAAAAGCCUUGCAUCUCGGACAGGGAAGCCGCUGACAUUGUUCGCCUGUGGGACAGACUGCCGGACAGUGACAGACAGGGUGUUUCCUAUCCGCCGAGACACAAGGAAAGGCUUUUGCAAGGCAGGUUCAAGGCCACCCACUCCAAAACCUCCACCUGCCAUGGAAAAGAGGGCCUGAAGCGGUGUGUUCUGGGGCAGGGCUCGGGUCCUGCGCAGUGGCCGAAUAUUAGUAGGAUUGUAGAGGCAGUAUGUCUGGAGCUCUGCUCCAUUCAUCCAGCGGGGAAGGUGAAGUGGGGCAUUUCAAUGAACCGCUGGGCUGCCAUUCUACAUGAUUACCAGGCCAUACGGAGACUAGUGGGGAACUGCCCAGCACUGAAGGGACGGACAAGAAUUCAGCUGUUUGAGGUCAAUCAGCGGAAGCUUUCUGUCUGGUACAACAACUACAGGAAGAAGCUGGAGGCAGAUGUGCUGCUCUCUGCUCUACCGGCAUCAUCCCUCUCUGCUCCAGCGUCAGCGUCCCUCUCUGCUCCACCAGCAGCAUCCCUCUCUGCUCCACAGCCAGCAUCCCUCUCUGCUCCACAGCCAGCAUCCCUCUCUGCUCCACAGCCAGCAUCCCUCUCUGCUCCAGCAUCAGCGUCCCUCUCUGCUCCACCAGCAGCAUCCCUCUCUGCUCCACGGCCGGCUGCCCUCUCUGCUCCACCAUCAGCAUCCCUCUCUGCUCCACAGCCAGCAUCCCUCUCUGCUCCACAGCCGGCUGCCCUCUCUGCUCCACCAUCAGCAUCCCUCUCUGCUCCACAGCCAGCGUCCCUCUCUGCUCCACUGCCAGCGCGGCAGAGGGAAAGACACUAGAAGAGUGGCUGCAGGAGAAGAGGAAUGAAGGAAAUCCUUCAGUGUAAAUAGUUUUAUUUGUAAAUAUUGUACUAAAUAUCCUUUGUUUUUUCUAUUAAGAAUUUUAUUUUAUUCUAUAAACAUUUGUUUGUAUUUAAUAAAAAUUGUGUAAAUAGUCCAAGGAUUCUUCUUUAUUUCAAAAGGUUUAUCUGCCUACUUAAAAAGGACACAUAAAAUGUCUUAAAUAAUUAUUUAUUUUAGAACAAUUUAUGACUGUUUAUAUGUUUAUUUUCCCUCAUAAAGGUCAAGCAAACUGUCCUAAAUAUUUAUUCUUUAUUUUAUAACAUUUAAUGAAACAUUUAUUUGCCCUCAUAAUGGUCACAUAGAUCAAAACCUUAUUUCAGGUUUAACUGCCUUCAUUAAGGCCAUGUUAAUUGUACCAUUGGUAUUGAUAGUGGUUGAACAAUAAUUUAAAACCAGACUGUUGAGAUUUUGCAGACCUUACUAUUUCAACAUGGUGGACAGCUGCUGUGUGCCAGGAUGCCAGAACAGGUGAGGGAAAGCAAAGGGGAAAUCAUGUUAUCAUAUUCCUAAGGAUCCUGAUAGACCCCUGAAAAAACGCUUAACGUGGCUUAAUGUACUAAGACAGUGAUAUUAACAGACCAAACUCAGUAAACAUCAUAAACCAUACUAUGUACAGCAAAGCAGUUCAGCCCAGAAUUUAAUGCAAUGCUUAAUGUAGCAUACUUAGUAAUAUUAAAAGAUCAAAUUCUGCACAAACCAUUUUUCUGUAUAGAAUGCUUUAUUAGUAUAGUGUUUACUGGUUUGGUCUUUUACUGUCUUAAUACAUUAAGCCAUGUUAAGCGUUUUCUUAAUGGGAGGAAAAUGUUUAAUUAAACAUGCUGCGUUCAUAUUCUGGGCUCAUCUGCUUUUCUGUACAUAUUAUGCAUUAUUAGUAUGGUGUUCACUAAGUCUGGUUUGUUAAUAACUGUUUUAGAAAAUUAAGCGUUUUAGAACGUCCUGACUGAGAUGGUUCAUGGCAAUAAAACAGCAACCCUAAAAUGACAUGAAAGAGUGUAAAAUGUGUUAAAUAACUGGGCUGAUAUAGGCAAUAUAAGAAUUUUCAGUACAACACAUGAAGAUGCAGCAAGAAAAGCCUACAUUCAAAAAACCAAGGGACAACACAAUAACCAUCAUGUGUCAGCAUGUGGGAUUUUCAUAAACCCUACUUACCCUGAAAUUGGUGCUUCACCUGAUGGCAUAGUAACAUGCACUUGCUGUGGUAAAGGCUGUGUUAAGAACAAGUGCCCAUCCGAGUUUAAAACUAACACCAUCCAGGAGGCAUGUUUGGCCAUAGAUUUCUACCUCAAACUUAUUGAUGGAAAGUUACAAUUAAAACAAAACCACCAAUAUUACACUCAAGUUCAGACACAUAUUUGUGUCAAAAAGCAACUACUGCGAUUUUGUGGUUUGGACACUCAAAGACUGUGUCAUUCUUAGAAUUGAGCCAAACCCUGAGUUUUGGAGGGAACGCCUACAGAAGGCUCAACAGUUUUUCAUAGCAGUUUCCUUCCCUGAGAUAAUUGUUUUAUUUGAUUAUUAACAGGUGUUUGUAUUGCUUAUUGUUAGAUAAUUCUAUGACAAUUAUAUAUUUGUUAUGCAAUGUUUUUGCUCACUUGAAAAGUUAUUUUGCACAUUAUUAUACAUUGUUACAAACAUUACAUCUGAGGAGUAAGUUAUGUAGUACUACUGAUUACAAUGCUGGCAUGAGACCAAAAGUGUCAUUUGUUAUUUAAUUUGUAUUUUAUAUUUGAAUUCAUGUAUUUAGCCGUUUUAUAUAAUGUUGUUGUUUUAUUUAUUUAUUUUUGGUAAUUGUUGUUGUUGUUGUUUUGUUUUUUUUUGCUCAAUUCUUGUUUUUAAAUAAGAUUUUGCUAAUGUCAUUUCAAUUUUUUUAUUAGGCUAUGUUUGAUUCAUGUGUAGAAAGUUGUAUAAAACAGUUUAGUCAAGCAUUAAAAGAAUGUUUUUUCACCAAAACAUUGUACAAACCGUUCAAUGUACAGCAAACAAAUUCACAUGGCUACAAUAUUUAAAGGGAUAGUUCAUGUUUUUCCCAAUCUG